UUCAGGCCUGCAUGCUAAUCCUCAGACAUCAGUAAAGCUGUUGAAGUGAAUAAAAUGAAACUUGAAGUGUCACUGUUAGGUAAUGCUGUGUUAGAUAAGCUGCAACAGAGCCAUCACAUUCCCUUAUCAGUACAACUGAACGCCUCUCAGUCAGUUUCGGUUAAUGAAUAGUGCAGUUCACAGCUCUUAAGAGUCAAGUCAUAGAUUAUUAGCUGACUUCCGGAACAUAAACACUGAAGCUAAUUGAUAUAUGCCAGUAUCACUGACUACACCCACUGACGACCAAAACUCGGUAGACACGCCUAAAAUAAGGAGGAAGUGAGAGGGGAUAGUAGUCUACCUAUAAAGGCGGUGAGUUAGGCAACAGACUCUGAGUAAAGUCGUGAGAAGGUACAGUGCUAAACAGGCUCCGGUGAGUUAUAGGCAGUAGUAGGUGCGCGUGCUGCGGCUAACAGGUUACACCUGUACUAAGUCCGGAAGUCGUGUUAAGCGCUUACAUUGGGCUGGUUAUCAGAGAGCGUGGUGCGGAACUGCAGCGCGCACACACGGACUCUUACAGCAGGAAUAUUCACACUGACGCUGUUGCCCCGUGGCAAGGGUGACCUUUAGCCAUGUCUCUGGGCUCAGGCGUUGUUCCAGGCGAGGCGCUUUUCUCUGACUUCAGGAGACAGUGUUUGUCGACGGAGAACUGGCUGAACAAGUACAAUAAGAACGGAAUGGAGGUGUGGGUCGAGGUGCCCCCUUUAUCCAACUCGCCCCAAGGGAACAAAAACAACUACUCCAAAGUGCACAAAAUCAAGUGUAAAAUUGCCAUAAAUGAUGUGUCUGCUGCUACAAUGUACGAUGUUCUCCAUGACAACAAAUAUCGAAAAACGUGGGACCCUGCAAUGCUCGAGAGCUUUGAAAUAGCCCGUCUUGCUCCCAAUGCUGAUGUGGGCUACUAUUCAUGGGUCUGUCCUAAACCACUGAAAAACCGAGAUGUGGUUACCGUCCGAUCUUGGCGUACUUCCGAAGAUGAAUAUAUAAUUCUCAACUACUCUGUCAAGCAUCCGAAAUACCCUCCACGUAAAGACUUGGUGAGAGCCGUCUCUAUUCUGACGGGUUACUUGGUGAAACCCACAGGGCCGAACAGCUGCUCCUUCAUUUAUCUCUCACAAGCAGAUCCUAAAGGUUCUCUUCCUAAGUGGGCAGUAAAUAAGGCAACUCAGGUCCUAGCGCCCAGAGUUAUGAAAAGUGUGUAUAAGGCGGGUCAAAACUACCCUGCCUGGAAGGCCCAGAACUCUCCAGAACAUAAGCCAUGGCUCUACCCUAUCCAGAGUGAACUUCCCAUGAUGGACCCAGCUGAGCUGGGCAUCCAGCAUGCAGACUCGCUGGAGAAUGUGGAUGAGACCUCGGCUCAUGAUGCUGUGGAGAACGAGGAUAGCAGCUGAAGGACAGCACAACAAGAUGAAAAAAUGGACACUUACCUUUUAAACUUCGAGUUUGUGUCACGUAGUUGGUGCUGUUCAUGCGUACUUAUUCCUUUUUCUUUUUAGAUCAAAAGUGUUUAUAGGCACUGUGGUCUAAAUCUGUGGCACAAUAUUAAGCUGUGCUUACCACAAAUUUUUACAUAAUGCAAAAAUGCAGAAUCAUGUGAAGGCUGGUCAUGGUUUAUAAACAUGUAUUCCUUUGACGUUAAAAAGUGGGAAAUUGUCUUAAGUGUUUAUUCUUGAAAGAGAGAAAAGCCAAGCUUAUAUAUUUUUGGCAACAUAUUCAUCGCUUAAUUUAACAUUAUUGCAAAUGAAGGGAAGUGAAUGUUUGACCUUUUUCUGUAAAGGUAAAUUAUAUCUGAGUAGGUAAAUUAUUUUAUAUAAUUAAAUUAUGAAGUGUUAUGUUUUUAUUUAUUUCUCUUUAGCUGAUUUAUUAAAACUUGAACACUGCAAAAUAGUAGGAAGGUUACUUGGACAGAUGCAGGGAGACAGAGAGGCCUCCUUAUUUGUUUAUAAAUUUGUUAGUACACUUUGUCUUGUGUGUGUGUGUGUGUGUGUGAGAGAGGGAACAGUGAACUUGAUUUUACAUGACUAUCCAGGGGAGUUUAGUAAUUAGUGUUUAAUUAUUAUGACUGUAUAUCUGUCAGAAUAUGACUUAUUUGUAUUAUGCCAGAAUUAUUUAUUACUUUACUGGUAUAUUACUCACAUGUACUUUUUAGAUUAGUGGUUCUCAAACCUAGAGAUGGUAAAACACACACACAUUUUUCCUGCUGUAUCUUGCAUUACUCAUCAAAGGCCUGGAAGUUAGCUGAUGAGCUGAUUUUUGCAUGUGUUAAUGUACGAACAUGUGCAUAGCAUGAGGUGAGGGUAAGACUGACAACACUGGUUUACAGAAAUACACGAGAUUGAUGACAAAAGCAAUAUAUUACCAUGCUUACAUAAACACUGUGAUGUCCCUACAUACUGUUUUGUUUUCUCAUGGGAACGGGCCUUUCCUACCAAACAGAUGUUCUGUACACAAAGUGGGAGAAGAAUAGGGACGGAUGUGUAGAAUAUAUUACAAGAAGACUUUAUAGAAUACUUUUCCUCAUUGCUGGUUUUUUAAAAUUAAUUGUUUUAAAAAUGUUUCAUCUAACAAUGUUCUCAAAUUCUUAUUAUAAAGAUUAUUACAAGGAUAUUUAAAAUAAAUCAUUUAAUCAGUUAAGAUUUA